CCGCGAACAUAGCAACUAUAGUUUCUGACUGACUAUUUUGCCUGUCAACAGAAUAUAUAAGUAAAGAAGAUUUAGUCAGUUUUAAUUGUAAAAAUCUCACAUUAUAAUCACUUUCGAUGGAUACUAAUAAUGAUACCAAGAAGGAUGACGUUGCAGCAUUUCUCCAUGAUAUGAGCUUAGUUGAAACCAGGAGGCACAAUGACGAAUUUAUUAAAUUGUAUAGUAAAGAUUUUGAUAGCAGUCUUCUUCAAACAUUUACAAAAGAUAUGGAAAAGAGAAAAUUAUUCCUGAAGAGUAUUGUGGAAAAUCCUCAAAGAUCAAUAAUUGAGAAAUUCCUACGGAAGAAUUUAAAUCUUUUAAACUUUAACAAAUAUCCAGAAUUAUUCAAAUAUUGUUAUGAUGUAAUAUUUUCAUUGGAAGUCGAUCAAUCAUCAAAAGGAAAUAGAGAAUAUGGCUCAUUUUCAUUGGCGGUAGACAAGGCAUUAGCGUAAUGUCAUUGUUUUUCAAUUAACAAACAAUAUAUAAUUAAUUAAUUAUAUACACAGCCAUACUAAUGGCUAUUCCAAAUUGAUGAAAGAUAUGAUAUAUUAUGUUGAAAAAUCUUUUGAUUUCUCCUCCUACCAUACUUUUGAAAGUUUAUGCUCACUUCAAAGAUCUCUUAACUGGGAGGUAAAAGAUUCCAUUGUUUUAUUUCAACAUUUAUAUAUUUUUCUUCUUCAAAAGCCAUAUUUCAACACAUUUGUAAACAUUCUUCAUAAACUCGAGGCUAAGAUAGAAAAAGUAGAUAAUCCACUUAUAAUCUGCAAUGGAGAUGUUUUUAAUCAAGUCAGCGUUUUGUUUGAUCGUAUUUGGACAUCAUACCAAGAAAAUGUUAAAAUUCGCGAUAUAAAGACACCUUUAUCAAAUCUCUUCAACAACUGUUAUAAGCUUCCUUUGAAUAUCUGCGUAGGCUCAGAGAGGAAAAAAACACUUGCUGCUCAUAUUUUACUAAAGUGUCUUGAAACAUUCUAUAAUGAAUGUAAAUUUCUUAAAGAGUUUCUCCCUCCUGUCAUUGAAACUAUUGAGAAGCUAAAGGAUCAAGAUGAUGAUAUUGAAAUCCAAGUCUCAGCCGAAAAGGUUUAUUCAAACUAUGAGUUGACAGUUGAGAGGAAAGUUGAUGCUGAAAGACAACUUGUGGACAAUUUUCUUGCUGGUGAUGAAAGCAGUCUAGCCAAAAUCGUUGAAAUGUAUCCAAGACAAUCAAACUAUAUUCAUAAAAAUUUUCAAUACUUAUUGGCCACUGUCAAAAAUCUGCCCAACCACGCACUAUUCGAAUUUAUGGAACUAGUUGAAAAAAUAAUACAACACAAUCCUAGUGUAUUGGAUGAGGAAUUUCUUGAAUUUACAUUUGAGAAUCUGGAUGGAGAAAAUUCAAAUUUCGUUUUGAAUGUAAUGUAUAAACUCAUGUCCAGUAGGAAGGACUUGUUUGCCAAUUAUCAUGAAAGACUUGGCAAGUUAAUAAAAAGUUCAAACCAAUAUGGUCUAUUUGUGGCCAGUAAUGUGUCUGAAUUGGUUGAAACACAAGAAUUGGCAACAUUUUAUACAAAUUUGAUAUGGGAAAUUUUCUACAAAGUAAAAACUGAACAUCGUUUCCUUCUACUAUCAGCUUUGAAAGACAUUGUUUGUAAAUUUAAAGAACCGGUUGCUAUUUAUAAAGAUGAACUGCUAAAACUAGAAGAUGGUCCUAUGGCUGAUUUAGUCAGAUACAUCAUUAAUGUUCUGGAAGGGAGGAGUCUAGAGGGCGUUGCAAAAAUUUUAGAUGCUCAUCAAGAUGAAUUGGAAAAUUUGGAUAUUAGAGUCACUGACAACAGUGAUAAGAUAGUAUCCCUUGACAGUGAUUUAGUAAAGACUAAAGAGAGGAUUGAAGACGUAGCAGGAGAUGUGGAAAUGAUGAAAAGUCAAGUUAAAACAAUUGAAUAUAAUGUGAAAAAUCUUGAUGAACAAGUUGAACAACUAAGUCAUAUGACUCUCAGCCAUGCUCCUUCUUGGUCUCGUCACCUUUCCGAUCUUAUGAAUAAACCAAGUGACAACGAUUGGAGAUUACUGGCAUUAAAACUCAAUUAUGGUGUGGACGAUGUCAGAAAUUGGGCUACUCAACCUGAUCCGUGUCUUUCCUUACUUGAUGAAUGGUUUGCUACCAAUAAGACAAAGGAGGCGACAUUCGCCAUCCUAAAAAAUUUAAAAGACAUGGAUAGACUCGAUGCAGCCGAGAUUGUUGAAGAUGCCCUAGAAUCAGUAAAAUCCAUUGUUAAAGAUGAAAAAGUCGAAAUGGUGGAAAAACCAAAAGUAUUUAUCAGCUAUCAAUGGGGUCAUCAGAAGGAGAUUAAACUACUUUGCAACCAUUUGGAGAAAGCCGGCUUCAAAGCCUGGAUGGAUAUCGGUCAAAUGGGUGGAGGUGAUAGUCUCUUCCAGAAGAUAGAUGAUGGAAUUAGGUCAGCUGAAGUCAUUCUAAGUUGUGUAAGUCUAAAAUACGCGAAAUCUGCAAAUUGUUGCCGCGAAAUUAAUCUAUCGACCAAUCUUGGAAAGGUAAUUAUUCCAUUGCUAAUGGAAGAUUUAUCUUGGCCACCUAGUGGCCCUUUGGGUCCAAUUUUAGCUGAAUAUUUAUACAUUAAAUUCUAUCAAAAAGCUGAACAAAUCAACAACUCAAGUAUUUUCUGGCAACCAGAGAAAUUCUGUGAACUUUUAAUGCAACUGCGUAUCCAUGUAGUGCCCAAUAUGAAAUUAAUCAAAAAAGACUCUCCUUACUUUGGUUGGAUGGAUCCUCCUCUGGAAAUGAAGCAACACUCGCGUGAAUCUCUAAUACCAAAAGGAAACUCUCCGCUUCUCUUUAUCUCCUAUCAAUGGGACAAUCAAGCACUAAUUAAAAUUCUGUAUGAAAAACUCAAAGAAAAGG